GGCCCUCCUAAAGAUUCACCACCUUCACCAGCUACAUUAACUCCCAGUACCUCACCAUCUUCUGAUUCCCCUUCAGACUCAUCACCGCCAACAUUUGUGAUACAAGUAUCACCACCUCCAUCCUUUAACGGUACACAACCUUCUCUUGCUCUUCCUUCAUCACCAGUUCCUUCAGGUGAUGUUAGUAACCAUAGUUCCGGAAACCAUCCAGCAGAAAGCUCAAAGUCUGCUGGUGGUAGUGGCAAUGGUACUGCAGGGACAGUUUCCAUCGGCAUCGUACUUGUUCUUCUAUUGGUUGGUCUCAUCGCAGCAGCUGGAUGGUGUAUACGGAAGCGAAAGAAGAAGAAUUCUGGCUAUAAUAUUGGUAAUGUCAAGACAAUCUCUGUGUGCUCCACUCCAAAAUCAGAGUCUGCUUUAUUGAAGGUCGAGGAAUCAACACCUGAGAUAAAUGGAACUGGCUCCAAUUUCCUCGGUUCUCCAGGGGACCCUUGUGGAUUCAGCAGUUCAAAGACCUGGUUUACGUAUCAAGAACUAAUUGAGGCCACGAACGAUUCUUCAGCACAGAAUCUACUAGGGAAGGGUGGAUUUGGUUCUGUAUACAAAGGAUGUCUAGCAGAUGGAAGAUAUGUAGCAGUAAAGCAGCUAAAUAUUGGUGGGAGCCAGGGGGAACGAGAAUUCAGAGCUGAAGUUGAAAUCAUUAGUCGGAUACACCAUCGUCAUUUGGUUUCACUUGUAGGUUAUUGCAUUUCAGAGAAGAAUCGCCUCCUUGUUUAUGACUAUGUUCCCAAUAAUACCCUUUACUUCCAUCUUCAUGCACAAGGGAGGCCUGUCAUGAAUUGGACAACACGUGUUAAAAUUGCUGUUGGCGCAGCUCGUGGAAUAGCUUAUCUGCAUGAAGAUUGCUGUCCUCGUAUUAUUCACAGAGACAUUAAGUCAUCGAACAUUCUUUUGGAUAAUAACUUUGAGGCUCGGGUUUCUGAUUUUGGACUGGCUAAAUUAGCUCAGGAUGCAGAAAGUCAUAUCACAACACGUGUCGUGGGAACAUUUGGAUACAUGGCUCCUGAAUAUGCAUCGACCGGAAAGCUGACUGAAAAAUCUGAUGUAUAUUCCUUUGGGGUUGUGCUUCUGGAGCUAAUUACUGGAAGGAAGCCAGUGGAUACAUCUCAGCCUUCAGGGCAGGAGAAUCUGGUUGAGUGGUCAUAUAUUUUGAAGGAGAAGUCUCUUGUGCCAAGAUUAAUUAUCUUGGAGCAAUUUAGCAGCAAGGUUGAAUCUGACCAAAAGACGUUGCAGCAAAAAAUCGAGAAGAUCGGGCUACUCCGAGAGGAGGCCGAUCAAAUUCGGGCCGAAUGCAACCGGUGGAAGGAGACUAUUGACCGUCUGGCAGCGGAGAAAGAAACCAUCUUAACAAAGUUAUUAUCAGCCGACGUUCAGCUUCGAAACGUCAAGCAAAAAGUGUCGGUUCAGGCUAAGAAAAUUGAUGAGCUUGAGAUACGAUUUGCUGAGGCUAAGGCGGAGGUUGAGUCGUCGAAAGUUUUGGCGGAUAAGUCUAUUGCUGUAUAUCGAGCUGAUGCUGAGGCCGCUCAGGUGGAGGCCCGGGAAGCUGCGAAGAUUGCCGAUGCUCGAGCUCAUUGUGUUGCCGAACUUGUUAAGUGUAGAUCUCGGAGGCAGACCCUCGAGGAGAUACAUGCUCGAGGUUUCGACCUUAUCGAUGAGGUAAGAAAGGCAAAAGAGCUUGAAGCAGAGGCUGAAGCCUUGGCUUCUGAUGAUGAUGACGAUGACGGUAGCAAAAGCGGGUCCGAGGGUGGGGAAGACCCCGACCCAGAAUCUUAG